AACACAUUGUCAAAACAUAACCUCAAAAAAAGUUCAUUCGGGUGGUUGUGUUCCGGCGCUCUGGAAUUAGAAGACUCCCUGAAAAUGCCUGUAAAUUUCGAAGAUCUUGUCCAUCAAAUCACAAUCCGUGACUUUUUAAGAAAUGAAAGUGACUACAUUGAAGUUCUGUCCAGAACUCAGGACUGGAGUAAGAUCCCUCUACUGAAACAUGAUAACAUUCAGCCAAGUGGAAGUCUCGUGAGAUUCCGUGGGAUGAUCCAGGAUAUGUUUGAUCCAGAAUACUACCUUGAGCGCUAUGAAGUGAAAACUGGGGAUGGGCAGAGAAUGCAAGAUGGGAAAUUUGUUGAUUUCCUGCAAAUCGAACAGGGGGAAGAGGAAGUUAACUUUUCAUCUGAAAACAACAAACAUGGGGAGAGAAGAUCUCUGUUCCUGGUUACCAUUCCUGGAAUAAAUAAUUGGGCCGAUGAAGGUUACAAAGAUCCAUCAAAACUUCCAGAAGUUGAAAAAUUAUCAGUAAAUCCUUCAAAGCGUCAAGAGGAUGGGGAUGAUGAUGAGACCUUACUGAAGCGUCAGAAGGUCAUUAAGGAUGACCAAACGCCCGGAGAGACGAGAACAAUUCUCUCUACAGAAUACUUGGUCAAUUCUCCACUCCCGGAUCGCCCUAGCCGAGCUUGUUUGGUCAAAAUUUAUAGGAAUUUUGAAUCUUUCCGUCUCAAUACUGUUAUAGAUGUUGUGGGAUUUCUCUCAGUUGAUCCCGCCCUUGAUGGAAGCACUGAGGAAGUUGAGGAAAUGCUUAGCCCUGAGGAACACAUUGCAAAGAAUCCCCCACCAUCACUUAUUCCACGCCUUCACGCCAUUUCAACACGAGAAGUCCACCAAAUUGCGCCUUUUGAAACACCCUUUAAUGGGAAUUUUCCUGAUAUAUCCCGGGAUAUACUAAUGGUGUUGACACAGUGCCUCUUUGGUGACCAACUUGCCGGGAGGUAUCUAUUUGCACAUCUCUUGUCCAGCAUUCAAAGUCGCGUUGGAAUGGAGAUUUUGGGAAAGAUGUGCCUCAAUCUUAUCAAUUUGCCAGGAGCUACAUCGGGAUACACAAAAUCUCUAUAUGAAAUCCUCGAGGCAAUUGUUCCAGUAAGCUAUCAUUUAGAGAUGUCCCUUGAGAAUCUCAAUACGUUCCAAUUUGUACCCAAAAAGGAUUACAACACGGGAAAACUUACUUCCGGUAUCCUUCAGCUAGCACCCAAUAGCCAUCUUAUUCUCGAUGAAACCUGCCUGGAGCCAGGACAGCUUCAAGGGGGAGGUAUUGAAGCGGUGAAAAGCUUGAGUCAUCUUAUAAGACAUCAAUCAGUUGAAGCUGACUUCCAAUUCUAUCGUCUGGAGUACGAAUCCAAUAUUCCUGUCUUGAUUCUGGGUGAAGGAAAGAGUCUCUUACCAAGUGAUAUCCUUGUACCCCUGAAACCGGAUUCAAAUGUAAUGAAUCACAUUGCGGAGACAUAUAAGGCGGCCCAUCAAUUUAUUCGAACGAGAUUGGAAGUCAUUCGUGGUUUCCUGGCUAGCCAGAAAGUAGCCAAGUUUGAUUUGUAUGGGGAUAUUCAAACGACUGUGCAGGAAGAUCUCGUGACAAUGCGGAAAACCUUCAAUGCUAGUUCUGAAGAACUCCAUAGCCUUCUAACCCUGUCACGUCUUGUGGGAAAAUCAAUGGGAAAGAGUAAACUAGAUGAAGAAACAUGGGAGUUGGUUAAAAAUAUGGAUCAAGAGCGCCGUCAGAGAAUGAAGAAAUGAAAUUGAUUGAAUCGAAUAAAAAGAUGUUUUGUCAAUCAAA